AUGCGCAGGACGCUACUCCGGCUGCUGCUGAACGUCUCGGGUGAGAGCCCCGACUUCCGCGCGAAACCUGGUAUUCGAAACCUGCUGCUGGACGUUCAACAGAGCCCGUACAAAGAGCAGUUCAAGGACUACUGGUCCACUCCGGUCCCGUUUGCCGACCGUGAGUACGGUGAGAAGCCGAAGCUAGGAGAGCCGAUCCCGGCGCGCCGCGCCGCCACGACGAUCCUUGUCGGUCACAACAAGCACAUUGACCCCGCCAAGGUCGCGGCUGGCGAGGACAACGACUACAAGGUCCUAAUGAUGUACCGUGAGUCGAAGGGGCAGUACGUGAAGGAUCAGUUUGUGCUGCCGUCCUUUCCUGUGUCCCUGGAGGACACGUCGGAGGACUGGAACAAGGUGCUGCGACGGCGCGGUGUGACGACACAGUGGGCCGACCUGCACCAUCGCCUAGCAGCCAUGCGCGCGCUCUUUGUGCAGACAAACCUCUUGCUGAUCCCAAAGGAGGGCGGUGUGGUGGCAGAGGUCGAGGGCCCUCCUGGACCGCGGCGGUGGUUCCUGAUCUGCAACCAGUACCCCAAGGCGAUGCGGCAGCUGAUGGAUGUACUUGAGCUGCCUAUGGAAUCGACGCUCUCUCAGCUGAUGCCGUUUCGCACGAUAGUGACCCCCACUACCGAAACCUUCCGUUUCGCGAACUUGAGCUACCUCGUGACGCUGGAGAAGAUUCCGGAUGUUCAGUACACACUCUCCACCGUCGGCGAAAAGCUUGUGUGGGUGUCGCCGAUGGAGGCGCUCGCACGCUUCAACGCCGGCAUCAUGAACAUGCCCACGCCCAACGUGAUUGCGCUCUCAGAACUGCACAACGAGUUCCCAACCUUUGCAGCUUUGACCAAGAAGACAAACCGCGACGUGCCACGCAAGGUGCAACCUGUGCUGUACCAUCAUGGCCAGGAGAAGGUGGCUACAGUGCUGCUGCCAGGCGACAUGUUCCACCCAGAGACUACGCCAGAGGACCGCACCUCCAAGUAUGUGCGGCGCUUCGCCUACGAGAAGGACUUCCCCUUCGGCGUGCGCGCCGUCUUUGAUGAGCGCCCAGCGACCGCGGAGGAGGAAGCUCAAGUGCUGGAGCCAGAGAAACCGGCGCUGCUGGAGGAGGCAAACGACAUGGACAUGGUGUACAGCUCUAUCCCCUACCCGAAGUGGCAGCGGGUUCCGCAGGAGGGCAAGACAGCUUACCCGGUGCCUCAGUACAACUUCCAGGAGGGGCGGGAAAGCGACGAUGGCCUGAUUCCGCUGCGACACGAUCACAUGGGACGCAAGUCGAUCGACCUCUACUCAUCUCUUCAUGAAAAGUGA